AUGAAGAAGAAGAAGACGACGAUGACUCAGAAGACGAUCGAUCGUCUUCUACGCCCAAUUUAUUACGAUCUGAAUCAUCCGGCAGUCUUGGGGGGAGUGGACAAAUUAGUCCGAGUGGUACGUUCCAAAGGAGUACGUCGUGCCCAAGUGAAUUCGUGGCUUCGGAGCCAGCCCACAUACACGCUCCAUAAACCGUACCGUCGUCGCUACCCACGCCAACGGGUGGUGGUGAAUGGUAUGGACGAACAAUGGCAAGCGGAUCUGUGUGACAUGCAGGCGUUACGCUCGUACAAUGACGGGUACAACUACUUUCUCACCGUGAUUGACGUGUUGAGCAAGUACGCGUGGGUGGCCCCUUUCAAGGACAAGACGGUCAAACGGCUCGUCGAGGCGUUUGAGUCGAUUUUCGAGGGUGGACGCCAGCCAGAAAAACUUCAAACGGAUGAUGGCACCGAGUUCAAGAAUCGAAUCUUCCAGGCGUUUCUCAAAUCCAAAGGGAUCCAACACUUUUCCACGCGAAGUGAAUUGAAAGCUUCUGUGGUCGAACGAUUCAAUCGCACUCUCAAGACCUGGAUGUGGCGAUGGUUUACCCACAAGGAGACACGCCGUUACGUGGACAUGUUACCGCAAUUGGUGCACAAUUACAAUCACUCGUACCAUCGUAGCAUCCGACGUGCUCCUGCGGACGUGGUCACGUACGACGAUGCUCAGGAGGUGUGGGCUAUCUUGUACGGGAAGAAAAGACCGGGAGACCCAAAGAAGAAGAAGAAGAAGAGAGCCCCACCCAAAUUUAACGUGGGGGAUAGGGUGCGGAUCAGUAAAGUCAAACACGUCUUUGCCAAAGGGUACUUUCCCAAUUUGACCGAAGAAGUGUUUACGGUUGGACAGCGGUACUACAACACGAAUCAAAAGAACUACGCGUACCGACUUUGCGAGUACGAUGGAACGUGGUUAGAGGGCCGGUUUUGCGAACCCGAACUGCAACACGUCAGUCUCGACGAGCAACGGGAUCUGUUCCGCAUCGAACGGGUGAUUAGGACACGGGGAAAGGGACGGAACGAAGAGUAUUUCGUGCAAUGGCGUGGAUGGCCUGACAAGUACAACAGUUGGGUGUCUGCCCAACAAGUGCAUAAAAUCUUAUGA